AUGCGUGCAAUGGGCAAUAUAAUUGGUGCUGCGGAGGAUCUUGCACUAAUCUGUAUGCUAACUCAACACAUUGUGGGUCAUGCGAAGCAGCACCGGUGGGUCGACAUCUUUGAUAGUGCAUUUGAAUCAACGCUUGAUCUACGGCUUGAACUCAUGAUUACCUCUAGUGUUCUGGAGCACUGCCCGCCUGUUGUGCGGGAAGGUGUCAUGAUUUGGCAGCUGAUCCCCUACGCUGUGGAUCAUGUAAUAUAA